AUGGCGUCUCGCAGCGCCCGCCGCCCCGGCAGCCCGGCCGCGGCCCCGGGGCCGCCGGGCGCGCCCUCGGCGCACGCCGCGGGCCCCCCCCCCGACGGCUGCGGCGCCCCGGCGGCGCCCCGGGAGCUGCUGGGCCCCAGGCCAGCCACACGCAGGCCGCCGUCUCUCCCUGCGGAGGUCGACGAGGCCGCCGAGCGCGCGGCGGCCGCCGAGGCGCCGCGGCCGGCGGGGCUUGCGCCCCCGGGCCCGCGGAAGCUGCGCGGGGGCUCGCCCGCCGCGGCGGAGGGCGGGGCGGCCUCACCGACGGCGGCGGCGCCGGAGGAGCCUCGGACCUGCGGCAGCGGCAGCGACGAGGAGAUGUCAACCAGUGAUUCCUCAAGCGGCCGCUCUUCGCUGGACUCGGAGUCCGUUACGGAUGCGCCAGCUACGCUGACCAAGGGUCCGUCUUUCAUUGACCUUGGCCACCCUAACGCGAGGCUCAUGCUGCUGCUUCUCGGCGGCCGCGACGUGGAUGCCUGGCGCGCCGCCUAUCGGAGUAUCGCUGCGCAGGUCCUGGUGGAUUCGGCCGCGGCCGACCCGAGCGAGGCCAAGGGCAUGUUCAUUCCCCCGGACACGGACGCCUGCCAGAGCGCGAAGCCCUCGGACGAGGCGCUGAGGGCGAGCGCGGAGGAGCACCAGCGGGCGAACCCUCCGCCGGAGCCCGCGUACAGCGAGGCCAUGCGUCGGCUGAGCGAGGUGGUGGGCGAGGGCGCCGCGGGCAAAUGGACGGACAUCGACUGUGGUGUCACCAUGCUUCCGCCGACCGGGCUGCCGAAGCCAGCAGGCUCGUGCGACGCAGCAGCGGCCUUCGCCGAGCGUCUCUUGAUGGAGUGGGGGAGCGGCGACAUGAAGGUCGGCUGGGGCCGCGUGGGCCUCGGCGAGAUCCCCGGGCUCUUCCUGCUGCAGAUGUGGUACUUCUUCAACUGGUGGGCGGUCAAGGAGGUCUACCGGUACUGGGGCGCCCCCAUCAUCCGCGCGACCCUGGAGAGCCUGGACAAGGAGGGAACCACCAUCUUUGUAGGCCAUGAUUCAGACAUGAUGAUGCUGAAGGGUGCGCUGGGGCUGGAGUGGGAUACCGCGCCGUACCCACUUAACGUGACGCUGCCAGGCUCCAUGCUGCGCUUCAUUCGGGACGGCGACCAGGUCUCGGCCUCGUACGCGUACGUCGGCGACUUCAACAGCACCGCAGGGGAGAUGCGG